UGCCAAUGCUCUUUUUUUUUUUUUUUUUUUUUUUUUUUUUUUUUUUUUUUUUUUUUUUUUUUUUUUUUUUUUUUUUUUUUUUUUUAAGAUUUAUUUAUUCAUUAUGUAUGUGGUUGCUGGGAAUUGAACUCCGGACCUCUGGAGGAGCAGUCAGUGCUCUUAACCUCUGAGCCAUCUUUCCAGCCCCCGCUGCCAAUGCUCUUAACUGCUGAGCCAUCUCUCCAGGACCCUGCUUUACUUAUUUAUUUCUAUUCUGGGGAUGGAAUUCAGGAUUGUCUGUCUGCUAGGCAAACAUUCUAGCCCUGAGCCGCACACUGGUGGAUUCAAGGCAUGUGCUGCACUGCUGAGCCACACCUUCGCCUUCUUUAGGAGGCAAGUUGCCCCAGUAGUUACCCAGCCUGGCUUUGAACUUGUGAUCCUCCUCUCUCGGCCUCCCAGAGAGCUGGAAUUACAGAUGGGGCCAUCGGGCUGGCUUCAAAGUUGUUUCUGACUAAUAAUCUUCAGGGCAGAGCUAGCCAAACCUUCCGGCAUCUAGAGAUCCUGGAAGCAGACAGAAACCAGGUUAGGUGGCCUCCCUGUGUCCCUGUUUCCCCACCUAACGGGCACCAAAAAAGCUGGCUAGCCCUGCACACCUCAAGUCUUAACAUGGUAGGACUAGACUGAGGAUGGUGUGGUAGCUGGACCUCAGAGGGAGAGAGGAGACCUGACUCGCAGGCCAAAAGCAGGAGCUGGGAGGGGCGUGGGUAAGCAGCUUGUAGACCCUGAGGCCUCCAGUGAGCUACUCAGAGAUCCAGGAUAGCUACAAGGAGAGAUCCCAGUCACAGGCUGGAGGGGAGAGAGCCUCUCAUCUGCCCAGCCCACUGCCAUUGAGCAGUGACGGGGACAGGUGUUAGAAGCAGCGUGGUGAGGAAGAGGUCAAGGAUAGCCUGUGAAGGCCCCUGAGGGGGUGGAUGGGAUUUUUCAGGGCAGCUGGUUGGAGUGGCCAGCUAUUCAGAUGUCUCCAGCAGUAGACACUUAAAAGCUGGCCAGCCAUCAGGCUGUCCACUCAUCCAGACAAUGCAUUGCACAUGGUGACCUGGGCUGUCCGUGAAAUGCACGCUGCAGUCAGCCACCCUGAGGCAAGGACCUGGGACCUGUGUUUCUUGCUUGUUCCCAGGGGCUGGCACCUGAUGCCAUGCUUCAAGGCAGACACUAGAGAAAGAAAGCUGCAUGCCAGCCAAGCCAGCUAUGUCUGUACAUGUCUGUCAUUCCAGUCUUGAGGAAACUGAGGCAGGAGCACCUCCAGUUUGAGAUGAACUUGUGCUAUAUAAUGAAACAAAGGGAAACGCCAGCCCUUAUGCUUUCAUUUUAAUAAGGAGAGGCGGACAGCACACUUUGUAAGCAAAGUGCUUAGUACCGUGGAUAGUGACAGACAGGAAGGAGAAAAGCCAAUGAGGAUUGAGUUUGUGUUCUGUUGGGCAGAAGCUGUGGACUUGGAUCAAAGGCUUCCCAGAGGUGACUUCUGAGCCAGUCCUGAAGGAGGUAAAGGGUGACAGGGAACAGUGAGUGUGGUGACCUGGAGGACUGAGUGAUACCAUCUGUGCCCAGUGAGUGUGAGCAGUCUGAGGGCAGAGGCUGCUGCCUACUUUGUCUGCCUGAGUUUCCUUCCUAGUCUUUGACACAACAGGAAAAUAAGACACGGAUGGGCUGGGCUCGAGAGGCAGCUCAACAUUAAGAGCACUUGUUCUUGCAGAGGACCUGAGUUUGGUUUCCAGCACCCAUGGCAGGUGGUCCAUAGCCGUCUGUAACUCUAGCUCCAGGAGAUCUGACACCCUCUUUUGACCUCCUUGGGCACCCUUACCUGUGCACAUACCCAUAUACAGACACACAUACACAGAUUUUAAAAUAGGUCUUAGAUCCAUUUUAAAAAGAAAAAGAACGAACACAGUGUGGGGAGAUGGCUUAGCGGGUAAAGUGCCUGCUCUGCAAGCCUGAGGACCUGGGUUCAGAUCCCCAGCACCCACCUAAGAAGCCAGACACAGCUAUGUGCAUCUGUAACCACAAUACUGGAAGGAUGGCAGGCAGAGACAUUUUUACUCGAGUCUCAUUGUCAGCCUAAUAAAGCUACUACUGAGCUUGGGUUUCAGUGAGAGAUCCUGCCUCAAAAACCAUGUGCAGCCCAUGGUGAUGGUGGCGCAUGCCUUUAAUCCCAGCAGUCGAGAAGCAGGAGAAUCUCUGAGUUUGAGGACAUCCUGUCUACACAGAGAAACCUAGUUUCGGGGUGGGAGAAAAGACAUAUGCUGAGUGAUCAAGACACCUGGUGUUGAUCUCUGUCCACCACACACACUCAUGUGCAUUUCCAAGCACACUUACACACUCCCACACAAACACAUACAUAUGCCAUACACAGACCUCAAAUAAAGACUUAAAAAUGAAACACACUGGUUGUGCAGCACGCUUGGGCUUCCAGUGCUCAAGAGGCUGAGGCCAGGCUGACUACAGAGUGAGACCCUAGAGAGAGAUGAGAAUAAAUGAGUUCGUUUUAAGUGCUGUGCCACUAACUGCAUAAAGUGGGUGUCUUUCCCCUUCCCUCUGAGCUAUUUCUGGUGAGCCCAGUGUCAUCUCUGUAUCCUAUGCAUCCAGGACCAGCCUGCAGGAGGACCUCUGUGCAUGUCAAGGGCAAGGUUUUGCAGACAACUCUGUGUAUCAGGGUAUGGGAAUGUGCAUUCUCUAAUUAUUGGGGGGCACUUAAUAAGGGUGCAGAGUGUGAGGUCGUCCUAUCAGCUUCACUUUCUCAGGCAAUCUCCUGUGACAGGCAUGUUUGUGGUUUCCAUUAAAAUUGUGGAUUAUAGGGUUGGAGAAAUGGUUUGGCUGCUCUUUCAGAGGACCUAAGUUCCCAACACAUCAGGUGGCUCACAGUGCCUGUAACUCCAGCGCCCUCAACUGGACUAUGGAUGCCUGCGCUCAGAUGCACAUACACAGUCACACACACUUUAAAAGUAGUAAAAAUAAAUCCUUAAAGUUGGAGAUUUGUGAAGCUCGUGGCUCUUAUAAAAAAAAAAAAACCAUAAUGUCCUUACCCGCUGAACAGCUCUCCAGCCACUUGCACUGCCCUGAAAGCCACCUUUGGGUUUGUCUUGAAUCAGCCUGGCAUAGGCCAGAAACAACACAAGAUAUCUGCUGUAAUUUUAAGAUAACUUAAAAGUCAUUAUUGUGUGACUUCCUGUUGUUUUCCAGUAGUGAGUGUAGAGGUUUGAAGAGCCUCGUAGGAGACUGGACAGGUUCCCAAGCCUUAGCCUUGAUUGUCAAGUCAGUGACUAUGGGGACCAGUGACCAGUACAGGGUUAGCCUUUGUUCUUUGAUUUUGAAUUUGGCUUUUGAAAAAGGUCUGAUGUGUGUGUGGGGGUGAACUCCUGGUCCCCCUAGCUUUAUUUCCUAAAUGCUAGCUUUCCCCCACCCUUUUUAAUACGUAUGUGUUUUGCCUGCAUGCAUGUCUGUGGACUGCAUGCAUGCAGUGCCCGCAGCGGUCAAAAGAGGAUGCCACGUCUGGAACUGGACUUAGAGGCUGCCCUGCGGGUGCUGGAACCGAACCCAAGCCCUCUGCAACAGCAGCCAGUGCUCUUAACCGCUGAGCCAUCCCUCCAGCCCCUCCUUUGUCUGUUUGUGGGUUUGAGGGAAAUUUGUUGUUGCUGUUGUUUUGCUUAUUCUUCCGUUUUUGUAUGAUUUUAUUUUUAUUUUACGACAGUGUGACACUAUAUAACCCAGGAUGGCUUAAAAAACUUCCUGCCUCAGCCUCCCAGACUUUGGAACUACUGAGGUGUGGUGUGUCACGCCCGACUUGCCUGUUUGUUUUAAAGACUAGGUGACUAAUGCUCCGGUGUCCCACCGAGAAACCUUUCCAUCGCCACAACUGUUAAGCAAAGCCAGGUUCUCGGACCUUUCUCCCCUACUUCUUUCUGCCCGAGUCAGCGAGUCCCCGGCCGCGUGGCCCUUUAAAUCUCUUGCGUCCAUCAGGGCUCCUGUUUCAAGGGAACGUUGGAUAGUUCUCCUCUCCUUGAGUGUGGCGAUCGGUGUCCCCGCCGGCUUCUCCAUCCGGCAGUCCUGGAGUGUGGGAAUUUGUCCCCACUCCCUUACUUCGGGCUGUUUCCAUCCUGCCCGCCCCCUCCCGUCACCUCACGCCUACUCCUCCUGUUUUCCAAGUUGGGGGCCCCUUCGCCAGUGCCUUCCUUAUAUGGGCACGGCUCUGAACCGUGGCCGCUCAUUGGCUGGGGCCGUCACGCGCGCGUCUGUCAACAAAGGGGCGGGGCGGGGCGCACCGCGCGCCAGCCCGCGCGAGGGGGUGGGCCCGCGGGGCUCCGGUGCGCAUGCUUGUGGGCAGCCAUUCUCCCGGCCGCCUGGAGGAGGCGCUGCGGUGGCAUGUGGAGCUCCCUACUACCAACAUCCUGAGAUUGAGUGACUACCUGCUAUUUGCCAUCAUCUCCCAGCAUGGACAGGGGCAGCCUCCUGCCCUUCCAGCUCUGGUGCCCCCGCCCCUUCGGCACAUAUUCCCAGAACCAGCCACGCCCACCUUCCACAGCCCUCAAGCCGCCAGCCUGCUCUGACACAAGCAGUGGAACUGAGCCUGACCACGGACCUGCACACUCAGAGAACACACCACCUACCUUGGCUGCAGAAGCCCCCACCUCCCAGCAUGCUCCACUUCUCUCUUCAACAGCUGCUGGCUAUGAGGGUCGAGUCCUGCUGGACACGUGGUAUGUAAUCAAGCCUGGAAACACAAAGGAAAAGGUGGCCUUCUUUGUGGCCCACCAGUGUGGUGGAGGUAGCCGGGCUAGCUCUAUGAAGGUCAAAGGGCACUGGGGCAGUGAUAGUUCCAAAGCCAAGAGGAGGAGGCGCUGCCUUGAGCCCACCAAGGCUCCUCCAGACCCAGGGGGCAGAAGAGGAGCUCCUGCCACUGAGGGGGCUCCCACGACAUCCGGAGAUGAUGUAGACCUGCUCUCCGUAGCGGAAAUGGUGGCCCUGGUUGAACAGAGAGCUGCCUUGGCCCUACAGAGUUACCCACGCCCCACCACCCCAGCUCCGGUGGUCUUCGUGUCAGCUGAGCAGGGGGGACCAGCCAAGGGGUUAGGGUCAGAAAGACGAUCUGGUGGUGGUGACUGUAGCCGAGUUGCUGAGGCAGUGGCCCACUUUGAGGCCCAGCGGGACAGCCCUCCAACCAAGGGUCUCCGCAAGGAGGAGCGGCCAGGUCCUGGGCCUGGUGAAGUGCGGAUCGCUUUCCGCAUCUCCAAUGGCCGAGAGCCCUGUUCGCCAGAUGGCAAUUUACCUACUUGGAGUGGAGGCCAGCCUGGUAGUCCCUACCCUGGUAGUCCUGGUCCUGGGGCUCGAGCCAAAGACAAAAUCACUUGUGAUUUGUACCAGCUUAUCAGCCCCUCCAGGGAUGCCCUUCCCAGCAACAUGGAGUUCCUCCUGGCCAGGGCAGACGAAGCCAGUGAAGGUGAGACACCAACCCCGGCCAGGCCUGAGGAUACCCCCCCAGCCCCUCCUCCACCCCCUGCCAGGGACUGUGGAGCAUCAGGGUUCCAUGUGGAUGUGGUAGUGACAGGUGUGGUGGAUGAGUGCAUCUUCUUUGGCAAAGAUGGCACCAAGAACGUAAAGGAAGAGACUGUCUGCCUGACAGUGAGCCCUGAGGAGCCACCCCCACCUGGCCAGCUCUUUUUCCUCCAGUCCCGGGGUCCAGAAGGGCCGCCUGAGCCACCCCCAGCUGAUACACCAAGCACAGUGCCAGGUCCCGACGAUUCGGAGGGCACAACGGACACCUCCUUGUGCCGCCUGUACCGGCACGUGUCGCAUGACUUCCUGGAGAUUCGCUUCAAGAUCCAGCGACUUCUGGAGCCACGGCAGUACAUGCUGCUGCUGCCUGAGCAUGUGCUGGUCAAGAUCUUCAGCUUCCUGCCCACCCGAGCCCUGGCAGCCCUUAAGUGUACCUGCCACCACUUCAAGGGCAUCAUCGAGGCUUUUGGUGUGCGUGCUACGGACUCGCGCUGGAACCGGGACCCACUCUAUCGUGAUGACCCUUGUAAGCAGUGCCGCAAGAGAUAUGAGAAGGGCGACGUGUCACUCUGCCGCUGGCACCCCAAGCCCUACCACCAUGACCUGCCUUACGGACGUUCCUACUGGAUGUGCUGCCGCAGAGCCGAUCGCGAGACACCAGGCUGUCGCUUGGGCCUGCACGACAACAACUGGGUGCUGCCGUGCAAUGGAGUGGGAGGGGGCCGAGCUGGCCGGGAAGAGGGAAGGUGAAGCCUGGGGAUGAGGGGACACCUGCUGUACCUAACCCCUUCCCGCUUUGCUGGGAGCUGGGGACCAGGACUGAGUCACCAGCCAACACCUACCAGUCCAUCCAGCGUUGAUCUCCCGCUAGAACUGGGACCAGGUUUGGGGGUCAGUGGGUAAAUACCCUGGUUGACCCCUGUUGGUUUUCUACUCUUCAGAGCCAGGGCCAUGGACCCUCAGAGAGGGUUGUAUUUUUUGUUUUUUAUCAGCAUCUCAAUUGCGCCUCCAUCAAGCCCCAACCCCAUCCCUGAGUCUCUCUACCCCAGGGACCCACCAGCAGGGAGCAGAUGGCAGCUAAUUUUGGUACCACCUGAGGCAUUCCUCAAGCUGGCCCUCCCCAUUCUGUGCCUCCCCGAGUUCUUUGUUCACCCAAAGGGCUGCAGUCUCUAAGGUUGACACCUCCAGGCCAUUAGCUCGCAACUCAAGUCAGCACUUUUUGGAGGCAGGAGCCAGCCCACCAUUUCUAGAUGUUUUCCUCAUUAAAUAAAAAAAUGAUUUCUUCUGAA